AUGUCUGGAUUAGCAAAAUCUACUGUUUGUGUAAUUGUAAAAGAAACUUGCAGUGCAAUAAUAAAUACAUUGUGGGAUGAUACAGUUACAAAAUACUUCCCAACCUCGAGUGAUGACUUUGAAGAAAGCAUGGCAAAAUUUGGUGAAGAGUGGCAAUUUCCAUACGCUUUCGCUGCAGUAGAUGGUUCUCAUUUACCGAUUAAAUGUCCAAACGGUGGAGCUCAAGCUAUGAAGCAAUAUUUCAACUUCAAAGGUUUUUACUCAAUUGUGUUAAUGGCACUUGUCGAUGCUGAAUACAGAUUUAUUUGGGCCUCAGUUGGUGCUCCCGGAAAUACCCAUGAUUCCACAUUAAUGCAAUCAACAGAACUUUGGGAUCGAAUAGUUGCAGGAAAAGUUAUUCCCAAUAUUGUUCAACAAGUUGAAAACGGCCCUUAUCUUAGGAGACGACACAGUCGUGCUAGGCUUGUUACAGAGGGUGCUUUUGGUAGACUUAAAAGCAGAUUUAGAGUUCUCUUCAGAAAAUGCGAAAGUAACAAAGAAACAGUGAAACUAUGCGGAUUAGCUUCUGUUGUAUUACAUAACCUAUGUAUUGAACUUGGAGACCUAGUCCCUAGAAAGUUCGAUUUAACUCUAGACCACGCCUCAAACAAACGUUUGAGUCCUGAGGAAGUUAGAGAUGUUCUUGCACUCAGAAACACGAAACAAAAGAAUUUCGAAAUCAGUAAAAAGUCUGCUUCCGCCGCUCUUACCAAAAGCUUUUGGAAAGAAAAAGAAGAUUCUCAAUAA